GACUUCAUGCAACUUCAAGUGUCAGUUUGAGAGUCACCGCCAGUCUUAUUAGAAGUGGCUUCAAAAUUCCGCACAAGAUGAGGAACCUUUUCGUAUUUGUAGCGGCACUCUUCGCCGUCUCUGCCUACGCAGAAAUCGAGCUCGACGAAGGAGUCUUGGUCCUCACCAAAGACAACUUCCAAGGCGCAAUCACCGAUAACGACUACAUCCUCGUCGAAUUCUAUGCUCCAUGGUGUGGACACUGCAAAGCUUUGGCCCCUGAAUACGCUAAGGCUGCCAAGGAUUCCAACAUCAAGUUAGGUAAAGUUGAUGCCACUGAACAAGGUGAAUUGGCUGAGGAAUAUGCUGUGCGUGGAUACCCAACACUCAAAUUCUUCAAGAAAGGAAACCCCUCUGAGUACAAUGGUGGACGCCAAGCUGAUGAUAUUGUUUCGUGGCUCUUGAAGAAGACUGGACCACCAGCGAAGGACAUCAAGACCGUUGAAGAAGCUAAGGAAUUCAUUGAGGCCAACAAUGUUGCUGUCAUCGGUUUCUUCAAAGACCAGUCCUCGGACGAGGCUAAAGCUUUCUUAGAUGCCGCCUCCAGCACCGAUGAUCAUCCAUUCGCCAUCACCUCCGAAGAAGCUCUCUUCACAGAAUACGAAGCCAAAUGCGGAUCUAUCAUCUUGUUCAAGAAGUUCGAUGAAGGCAAAGUACUCUACGAUGGAGAAUACAAAGAAAAGGACAUCAAGAAAUUCGUCGCCGCCAACGCCCUUCCUUUGAUUGUUGAAUUCAACCACGAAACCGCCCAAAAGAUCUUCGGUGGAGAAAUCAAGAGCCAUCUUUUGUUGUUCUUGAACAAAGGUGAAGACCACUUCGAGCAAAUCGCCGAAGCUGCCCGCAGCGUCGCCAAGCCAUUCAAAGAGCACGUCUUGUUUGUUACCAUUGAUGCCAACGAAGAGGAUCACCAAAGAAUCAUGGAAUUCUUCGGAAUGAAGAAGGAAGAAGUACCAGCCGCGCGUUUGAUCAAGCUUGAGGAUGAUAUGGCCAAAUACAAGCCAACCAGCAGCGACUUGACCGCCGAUACCCUCAAACAAUUCGUUCAGGACUUCUUGGACGGAAAAUUGAAGCAACACUUGUUGAGCCAAGAAUUGCCAGAAGAUUGGGAUAAGGAAGGAGUCAAGACCUUGGUCGCUUCCAACUUCGAUGCUGUAGCUAUGGACAGGACUAAGUAUGUUCUCGUUGAAUUUUACGCUCCAUGGUGCGGACACUGCAAGCAACUCGCUCCAAUCUACGAGAAGGUCGCUGAACACUUCAAGGAUAACGAAGAAAUCGUUGUCGCCAAAAUUGACUCCACCGCCAACGAAUUGGAACACACCAAGAUCAACAGUUUCCCCACCCUCAAGUUGUACUCCAAGGAAGACAACAAAGUCAUCGAGUUCAACGGCCCAAGGACCUUCGAAGGUUUGACCAAAUUCUUGGAAUCUGGCGGCAAGGAUGCUGCUGGUGAAGAAGUAGAAGAAGAGACUGAGGACGAUGAAGCCCCAAGGAAAGACGAGUUGUAAAAAGUUAUCAAUAGGUACUUAGCUUAACUUCCAAUUUAAUUUUAAUUUUCACAUUUUGUUAAUAGAAACACUAUUUUUUAAAUGUUUAUAUGAAAACAAACAAAAAAAAACAAUUAAGAACUUGCCCACUCCUAAACAGAUCCCAACGUGUAAGAAAUCCAGAUGUUUUAAAGAUGUAUUUAGAACUUCCCAACCUUCUUAAUGGGGAAAACAUAUGAGACUGUUUCGUGUUUAUUUUGAUUAUCUGCCAUACUUGAAGCAAACACCAAUUAUUUUUAUUUUAAGACAUUCCUAUUUUAGAGUCUAAUCUGAAUUUAUUUAUUUGUCUCUAAAAAGAUUGGACUCUGAAAUAUUAUACGAGAUGAAUAUGUGCAAAAAUAUUUAUAUUUUUUUUAUUGAUCAUUUCUCAAAUGUUGUUACUCUAUAAAAGGUCCUAUUUGGCAGUAUAAUUAUAAAAUUGGAUGUCUUGUGUG